AUGCUGAAGUGGCACUCCACUGCUGGCAUCCAUGCUGAUGGGGGUCGCUUCCUUCAUCUGACCUCUAAUGGUGUGAGCGUGCCCCAACAACAGAAUUGUGUGGGCGUGCCCCAACAACAGAGUGGUGUGAGCGUGCCCCAACAACAGAAUUGUGUGGGCGUGCCCCAACAACAGAGUGGUGUGAGCGUGCCCCAACAACAGAGUGGUGUGAGCGUGCCCCAACAACAGAAUUGUGUGGGCGUGCCCCAACAACAGAGUGGUGUGAGCGUGCCCCAACAACAGAAUUGUGUGGGCGUGCCCCAACAACAGAAUGGUAAUGGUGUGAGCGUACCCCAACAACAGAAUGGUGUGUGCGUGCCCCAACAACAGAGUGGUGUGAGUGUGCCCCAACAACAGUAUGGUGUGAGCGUGCCCCAACAACAGAGUGGUGUGAGCAUACCCCAACAACAGAAUGGUGUGAGCGUGCCCCAACAACAGAAUGGUGUGAGCGUGCCCCAACAACAGAAUGGUGUGAGCGUGCCCCAACAACAGAGUGGUGUGAGCGUGCCCCAACAACAGAGUGGUGUGAGCGUGCCCCAACAACAGAGUGGUGUGAGCGUGCCCCAACAACAGAGUGGUGUGAGCGUGCCCCAACAACAGAAUGGUGUGAGCGUGCCCCAACAACAGAGUGGUGUGAGCGUACCCCAACAACAGAAUGGUGUGAGCGUGCCCCAACAACAGAGUGGUGUGAGCAUACCCCAACAACAGAAUGGUGUGAGUGUCCCCAAACAACAGAAUGGUAAUGGUGUGAGCGUACCCCAACAACAGAAUGGUGUGAGCGUGCCCCAACAACAGAGUGGUGUGAGUGUGCCCCAACAACAGUAUGGUGUGAGCGUGCCCCAACAACAGAGUGGUGUGAGCAUACCCCAACAACAGAAUGGUGUGAGCGUGCCCCAACAACAGAAUGGUGUGAGCGUGCCCCAACAACAGAAUGGUGUGAGCGUGCCCCAACAACAGAGUGGUGUGAGCGUGCCCCAACAACAGAGUGGUGUGAGCGUGCCCCAACAACAGAGUGGUGUGAGCGUGCCCCAACAACAGAGUGGUGUGAGCGUGCCCCAACAACAGAAUGGUGUGAGCGUAACCCAACAACAGAAUGGUGUGAGCGUAACCCAACAACAGAAUGGUGUGAGCGUGCCCCAACAACAGAAUGGUGUGAGCGUGCCCCAACAACAGAGUGGUGUGAGCGUACCCCAACAACAGAAUGGUGUGAGCGUGCCCCAACAACAGAAUUGUGUGGUUGCGCCCCAACGACAGAAUGGUGUGAGCGUACCCCAACAACAGAAUGGUGUGAGCGUGCCCCAACAACAGAGUGGUGUGAGUGUGCCCCAACAACAGUAUGGUGUGAGCGUGCCCCAACAACAGAGUGGUGUGAGCAUACCCCAACAACAGAAUGGUGUGAGCGUGCCCCAACAACAGAAUGGUGUGAGCGUGCCCCAACAACAGAAUGGUGUGAGCGUGCCCCAACAACAGAGUGGUGUGAGCGUGCCCCAACAACAGAGUGGUGUGAGCGUGCCCCAACAACAGAGUGGUGUGAGCGUGCCCCAACAACAGAGUGGUGUGAGCGUGCCCCAACAACAGAAUGGUGUGAGCGUAACCCAACAACAGAAUGGUGUGAGCGUAACCCAACAACAGAAUGGUGUGAGCGUGCCCCAACAACAGAAUGGUGUGAGCGUGCCCCAACAACAGAGUGGUGUGAGCGUGCCCCAACAACAGAGUGGUGUGAGCGUGCCCCAACAACAGAAUGGUGUGAGCGUACCCCAACAACAGAAUGGUGUGAGCGUGCCCCAACAACAGAAUGGUGUGAGCGUAACCCAACAACAGAAUGGUGUGAGCGUGCCCCAACAACAGAAUGGUGUGAGCGUGCCCCAACAACAGAGUGGUGUGAGCGUGCCCCAACAACAGAGUGGUGUGAGCGUGCCCCAACAACAGAAUGGUGUGAGCGUGCCCCAACAACAGAAUGGUGUGAGUGUGCCACAAUGA